AUUUCUCUUACCCUUCUCGCUCAUGCUCGCCGCCGCGCGCUCCAUGGCCUCCGACUCCGACUCCGACUCCAACUCCAACAACACCGACGCCGAGCAGCAUACCAAAGAGCCUGCUGUGAGACUGAGAGGCCCUCGUCAGAUUCUUCGACAGAUGCUCAAGGAUGCUGCUGUGGUUGGGGUCCUUCUUACGCUCCCGUUCGUGCUGCUCAUAGUUGCUGGUGUUCUGGUGAAGGGUAUCUCGCCUGCGAAAGAAUCUGAGAGGGAGAGGGUUGGUUCUAUAUUGAUGGAUGUGGGGAUAGUGGGCACCAGCGCAUUGCAGUGUUUCAUCGUCUUGCCCAUCGCAAUACUGAGGACGUGGAGGAUGAUAUAUUGAGGUGACGCUAGCUAGCUACUGUGUUGUUGAGGUUCUGUAAUGCACGAUGAUUUUGGAAAGAUUCUAGUGAAGUUUACCGAGUAACAAGACCC